AUGGCUAAAUUUGAACUUGAAAAAUUUGAUGGUACCGGUGACUUCUCUCUAUGGUGGGAGAGCCUGAAAGGCAUCUUGGUACACCAGAAAGUGGCCAAAAUGGUCGGAGAUGCAAAGCUCUUAGAAGGGAAAAAGGUUGAGGAGAUUGCUAAAAUGGAGGAGAUGGCUUACCACACCACAAUUAUGUACCUGUCAAAUAGUGUGAGAAGGAAAUUAAUUGCCAAGACAACAGCAAAGGGACAAGUUGGAACAACUAUACAUGAAGCCAUCAAUCUCCUAGAGAGAUUAUAUGAUUUCAGAAUGAAUUCUUCUUUAUCCUUAGAUGACAAUAUUGACAAGUUCAAUGAAACUAUUGUAGGUCUUUCUUAUAUCAAGCAUGAAGUGGAUGAGGAAAACCAACCAAUCAUUCUGUUAAGAUCUUUACCAAUAGCCUAUCAAGAGGUGAAAGCUACCAUAAAAUAUGGUGGAGAUGUGAUCUCCUUUGAUGAUUACAUACUGUCACUAAAUCAUCAAGGAGAGACUUUUAAUGCACACAGUGAGAGGCAUCAAGAAUCACUCUGCUGCAAGCUUCAUGGCUUGUCAACCUCUUACUACAGUGUGGAUACACUGUCAAAAUAG